AUGCAUGUUGGUCGAACUGUGUCAGGUCUCCCACCAGACAGCCACGAAUUUGCAGUGCUGCCCCCUCAUUUUGAAGAACGAGAUGAGACAAUUGAGAACGCUAUUGACUGUGCUUUUCCCGGCAUGCCCGCCAACCUCACGUAUAUUGGAGAAUUUUGCUUGGCUUCACUUGUGUACCAUGAGCCGUAUCUCCGACUAAAUAUCCCCAAAUGCCACCCUCUGUUUGAGCCACCGCUGUUUCAGCAUCCAACUUUACUAUCCGAUCUUUUGGCCAAAUUGCGUGGUAUCAAAGAUCGUACUGGCCGGCUGCAUGCUACAGGUGUGCCACCGUAUGUAGCCAUCUUGGGCAAGAUGAAAGGCUUAUUAGAGGCUACGUUGCAAACUGUUGAGCAUAUUGGUGCAGCAAGAGCGUCCACGGUGAAGGAGAUAAUGUCAGAACUUGAGAAACGUGCAAUUGGAGCUGGAACGGUGACAUUUGAAGGGCUAGAUCUAGCUCUGAAACGAUGUCUUGAUACUGUCGGCGUGAUGGAUCUUGUGAACAAACUAAACACAACUCCUGUACAGACAACUUGUCAACUAGUUGAAGGCGAGACACCCGUGAUCCCAUCUUUUUUCUGGGGUGGACGCUUCCGCCGAGUACCGCAGGAGUUUCAGCUUCCUGACUGUUCCGUGGCGACACUGUGGGUAAUGUGGCAGUGUGGCAACGCGACAAAGAAGAUCCCUCCACUGCGUAUGCUCGAUGGCCUGGAUAUGCCGAAUAGAAACAUGCAAAAAAAGACUUAG